UGGAGAUACGUCACCCGGCACGUGCACCACCAGAGGAAUGUGAAGAAGAUCCGAGGGAACUUGUUGUGGUACCAGCAUCUGGAGGAGGCAGAGGGAAAGCCCAGCAGGUCGGAACCGGAGCAGGAGCGGCACCAGAAGCUGGCCCAGGGCGUGGCUCGCCUGCGUGGGGAGCUGCAGCAAUUGGACCUGCAGAUGGAGAUGGCCCAGCGCGAGGUCAUGGCUGACGAGGUCUCCCUGGAGGCGGCCCAGGAGCGGAUCCGCGACGCCCAGCGCCGCUCCCUGCUGCUCAAGGCCUAUGCGGCCCGCACGGCCAAGGAGCGCCAGCAGCUGCAGGGCAGCGUAACCCAGCUGGGGGGGCGGCUGGAGCAGCUGCAGGACAUCAGCAGAAAGGCCAAGGUGGAGCUGACGGUGGGAGGGAAGGUGCCUGACCUCGGAUUUGCUGGCGUGGAGCCUGAAGUACUGCGGGACGUGCGGACGGCCUGCCAGCUGCGCUUCCACUUCCUGAAGUCGCUCUUCGAGCACAGCACAUCUGGAGCCCUCCCCAGCGGGACAAGCGAGGAGCUGCUGGACGCAUCCUACCAGCACUGGUUGAGCACGGUGGAGGACAUCGUGGGUUCCCACCCUCCCAACCACGUCCUGGCAGCCCUGGAGCACCUGGCCCUGGAGAACACCCUGCAGAUGCAAGAGCUCACCAGCCGCAUUGACAUUCCCCGCGACGUAGAGGCACUCAAGUUCCGCUACGAGAGCGCCCGCCUGGAAGACCUGGCGGGACCGCCAGCAGCCCUGCCCUCGGUCCGGGGCCUCAUACAGGAAGGCUGGAGCAGGUGUGAGGAGCUGUGGGUGCAACAGCUCCCCCUACAGGCCCGGGAGCAGCACGGCACAGCCCAGUUGGCCUCCCUUGUGCAGGAGAUGCACCGGCUGCUGGCGGACGGCUCGGAGCGCGCCAUCCUCGCCAGGGCAGUGCUGGAGCUGGAGCUGCGGGCUGUGCGGCUGGCGGGGCUGCGGGAUGGGCUGCACCGGGGCUGCCGGGAGCUGGAGCGGGAGGCGAGUGCCCGCCACGCCGAGCUGCAGGCCUUGCAGAGCAAGCGGCAGCGCAUCUUGGACUUCCGCCACCUGGUGCGCGAAAAGCAGCAGCACGUCCGGGCGCUGAUCAAAGGCACCUCCUACAUCAAAUCCCAGCUCCGCAAGGACCAGGCCGAGGUGAGACACCCCCACCCGCCCGCACUAUGGAGGAGGCUGUGGGGCGAGACUGAGGGGCACUGGCAGGGCUGCGGGAGUGGGCCCCAGGAUUUGGAUGGCAGGGAGCUGCUGGUUGGGACUGAGGGG